UACGCUCAUACACAUAUAUAUUUUUAUAUAAAUAUAUAUAUUUAUAUAUACAUAUAUCAGUGAAGUGUCGUGUCAAGACUCUUUCUUCCGGAAUCAUCGUCAUCGUCGUCAUAGUAAUCAUUGGACUCUUCUCAACGAUCCGAGAAAGAGUUUCGGAGGAUCGCACGACCGACCGGUUGUGCGUUGAGCUUCCACUCGCGGUUUAUUUUCGUCUUGGAGAGAAGGACGUCGACUCGUCGAUCAGGAUAUCAUCUGAAGGGGACGACUCGAUGACGGGGUGGAAGAGGAGGAGGAGAACACGGGACCCGACGGACACGAGGAGGGCGACAGGAUCGAUCGGAAGGAGACUAUUACAGCUGACGCCUAAUUAAAUCGAUUAGACUUUAGGGUUAAUUGUUCUGGAACGCCAGCUCGGUCUAACAUAAACCCGUUACAACCAACCUCUGUCAUAGUCAUAGUCGUCUUCGUCGUCGUCGUUGUCAUAUUCAUAGUGUUUAAUACUGUUCGUCCUCUCCUUAUUUAAUAUUUACAAAGAGAGAACAAGAGGAUCUUACUCGAUCUACGUUUAUAAACGUGAAAUCGUUUUAUGUUACAAAGAAGAUAUUAACAAAGAAGAAAGAAGAAUAAAUUAAUCUUUUUUUAUUAUUUUUCUUUUCCUUUUUUUGUUUUUUGUUUUUUUCUUUUUUGCAUCGAACUAAUGCAUCAGUGUUUUCCGUCGUCGUUCAACAUUGGCUCAUCAAACUUCUCCUACGUCAUUUUUGUCACUUUUCAUUCAUAUUUUACGGAUAUAAAGAGAUAGUGUGUAACGUGUGAUUGUGAACGACCGCGAGUGUUGUUUUUUUUUGUUAUUGUUGUUGUUGUUGUUAUUAUUUUUUCUUUCUUUCUUAUUUUUGAGAAGACAAACCUAUAAAUAAUUAUUGUUUUUUUUUCUUCUAUUCGAUAUCGCUUUCGUUAGAAUCACAGAGUGGUGUCAUUUAAAAAAUGAAUAGUUUUUGAUUAUAUUAUUUAUAAAGUGCCUAAAAAGCAAGGAUAUUAUUCGAUUGAUUUUAAAUAGUCAACGAUACACACUCGAAACGAUCGAACCAACGAUUAUUGUAGAAACACGAAGUGAAGCGUGCCCAGAUCUAAGCUCGUGGAAAGUUAACUCGAACAUACCGAGAAAUUUUUUACGGUGGUUAGAAGAAACGUCACGAAGAAACAAUACGAAAGCGAAUACUAUAAAUAUCACAUUGGAAUAAUCAAAGUCAACGGUGGUUGUGGUAAAUCGUGAUGACGACUAGUGUACAUUCGAACAUUGAACGAGGACGCUUCCUACGCGUGGAAAACGUCUCUUCGAAUUGACAAACGGAACGCUUCCUGAUGUUCGCCGUAAUUGUUCGACGGUGGAUGGGGUCGUCACGGCCGUAAAUCCAAUCACCUGGAACGAAAUUCGUAACCGACCGAGAAUGUCCUCUAAGAGGAAAUCGCCACCAACGAAGCUAUCGGAGGGCGGGGGCGGUGCGGGUACAGUUACGAGCGGAGGCAACGAGGAGGAGGAGGACACGAGCUCUUCGGUGGUGACUGCUGCUGCCGUUGAAGGAGGUGGAGGAGGCGGUGGUAGUGGUGCUUGUAGUAGCAAUAAUAGCAAUAGUGGUGCAGCCACCACUGCUACCACUGUUCCUGGUGGUGGUGGUGGCGGCAACGGAGAAGAGAACGCUGCAUCAGGGGUGUCUGUGGUGCCUCCAUCAACUGGGACAAACGAAGAGGGUCGUGUUUUGGACGUCGAAGAGUGUUACUCUCAACAGAAAGGAGGAACAGGUGGAGUAGGAGGAGGCCAAGAGUGUGAAUCCUCCGGUUGUUCAUCCCCAGCAACUACAAGCGAACCGGAUCUUCGGGAUUCACCUUCACCUUCCUCGAAUUCAAUUCGCGGUGCCAAAAGGCAGAGGAUUCUAUUCCUUUCGAAUCAAGAAAACUCUGCCCUGUCUUCUACGACUGGUCCAUUUCAUCAUCAUCAUCCCCAUCAUCACCAUCACCAUCACCAUCAUCACCAUCAUCAUCAUCAUCGUGCGAAUACUACUACUUCCUCCUCGGCAUCUUCCUUAACAGGCCUUCAAGAGGCUGCCAGUUCCUCCGAGUGUGGUUCUCCGCCUACACUUCUCAACGUUGACUCUUAUUUUCAACCCCAUCAUAACGAUAACAACAAUACAGUUACGCAAAAUAACAAUCACAGUAACAACGGUACCGGUAUUACAACCACGGCAACUACCACAGUACCGGCUAGUAAAAGAUCCAUGGACGACGUUUUAAAAAGGUUAACCUGUAAGAUGAACAGCGAGUCCUUAUCCCUUCAAGACGAUGUCACGGAUAACAGGCGGAGUGCCACGCCUCCUCCAACUGGACACAAUUCCCAUAGCGGAAACGCCGGUAACGUGGCGAACAACGUGCCUCCUUCGCCCCCAGCUACAAGCAGGAUACAAAACACGGAAGGACAGGUUCAACAGGACGGUGCAGCGGCCCUUCAUAGGGUCCUCUGCGCCGAGAGCAUCGUUGAGAAAGAACGCAGGCUCUCCGAGAUGAUCCUGCAGCUGCAACUCCUCAGGGAACAACUGCUCCAGCAGCAGGACCAGAAGUCAUAUGCACCUCACAUGAGCGUAGACUCGCAAAAACAAAUGGAAAUGCAACAGAUGCAAUCGGAACACUUGAAACGGCAACAAGAACACAUAAUGCAACGUAACAUACAAGAGUUGCAAGCGCAAAUGACAAAGAAUCCGCUGAGCAUGUCGGGACCGCAAUCGUUGAUGUUCCUACCGUUUCUCGAACAACUCAGGCUACCACCGGUCCAGUCAACGAUGCCACCACCGCCGGCCACCUCGACCGCGCCCACUGGCAACAAGCAUAUCAAUUCUAUCGCCAAUAUGAUUGGUAGCCACCGGGAAGGUCCAAGCUGGGCAACCGCACAUUUAGCGCAGAUGACGACGCAAAUGGAAAAAGAUUCGUCGCCUACGCCAAUAUCAUCGGCAGUAGCACCUACUGCUGCACCUUUACAAGAUCUCGAUGCACCAUUGAACCUCACCAAACCGAAAUCCUCGUCGUCUGGUGCGACAGCGUCUUCCUCGUCGCCUGGUAGUGAUUCGCAUUCGACCGGUGCCGGUAGUAGCGGUCAACAGGAACAACCAUUAGCUGCUACAGCACCUAAACUUUUUCCUCCUGGUCUUCCAAUACCCAGGAAUUACCUGUCAACGUUACCCUACGCUGGUCUUCCACCACAUCUUAGCUCCCUACCUUCGCCUAUGGGUAAGGUAAUGUCCAAAGACGAAGCUGGUGGACCUGGAGGUUCCGCUGCAGCUGCGGCAGUUGCAGCAGUUGAAAAGCACUUUGCGAUGCACGGAAUUUAUGGGUUGCCACCAAACGCGGGUGCUAUGCCACCCUCGCCUCAAACGCAACGACCAAUCAAACAUCCUGGCUCUCGAGAGGACACGCCACAAGAGGAACAAGAUUUCCUUUCGUCUUCUCACAUGUGGCGAGAUCCCGGAUAUAAGGUGCCGGAAGACAUAACAGAAAAAGCUAAAAUGGUGAGGCAGCAGAAAAGGGAGGGUGAGAACAAACCACACAUAAAACGACCUAUGAACGCGUUCAUGGUAUGGGCCAAGGACGAGAGACGGAAAAUCCUCAAAGCUUGUCCCGACAUGCACAAUUCCAACAUAUCAAAGAUACUCGGUGCCCGAUGGAAGGCGAUGUCUAAUUCGGAAAAGCAACCGUAUUAUGAAGAACAAUCCAGACUAUCAAAAUUGCAUAUGGAAAAACACCCGGACUACAGGUACAGGCCGCGACCAAAACGGACAUGUAUAGUUGACGGAAAGAAGAUGCGCAUAUCCGAAUACAAAUCGUUGAUGCGACAACGACGUCAAGAAAUGAGACAACUAUGGUGUCGAGAAGGUGGCCCAGAGAUGGGCUUUUUAUCGCCGGUCGGUUCGGAGAUGAGUUCUCAACAUCACGUCGGAAGUGGUGGUGGAGGUGGAGGAGGUGGCGGUGGUGGAGCUGGUCCAUCAGGUAGACCGUCCGUUUCACCCCCGGCAACGAUGUUAAACGGCGGAGGUGGUGGUGGUGUUGUUGGUGGUGGUAAUGGUGGUGGUGGUGGUGGUAGUGUUGGUAGUGGUGGUGGUGGUGGUGGUGGUGUCGGUGGUGCUGGCCCAAGCUCCGAUCACCCAUCAUUUUAUUACCCUCAGGACAGUCUUUCCCCUAGUGACAUGAUGAACUUUUCACCGGAUAAUUCGGGCUCGAUCGGUGGCUACGACGCCAGUCCACGGCAUCACGACGAGGAUUGAAACGUAGCUGCUCCGGUUGGCCAAAACCUAUGGCCACCCGGAGCAACGGCGUUACCACCUUCUUCCUCGACCUCCACCAGCUCGUCCUCCUCGUCCUCGGCGUAUCCGGCGGUUGCAGCAGCGGCUGCAGCUGCUGCAGCGGCGGCGGUAGCAGCUUCGUCGUCCACCACUUCGUCAUCUUGCUCGCCCUCCUCCAGACUCGGCCACGAGUUGUAUUGGUAACCAAAGCUGCGCCCGCGCACUCCUCCUCUUCCUCAUCCUCAUCCUUAUCCUAAUCCUCAUACUUAUACUCAUCAUACUCCUUUUCCUUCUCUUCUUUCUUUUCCUUCUACAUCUCCCACGCACACUAAGCGCACUCGUCGAAUAAACAACACGCUCGAUCAUACUCUUUUUCUCCUUAGUCUCUUCUCGAGCUUCUUAUUCUCCAGAAAUUUUAUUCUUCUAC